ACCCCGCAAAGCGGGAAGCUGCAGAGUACAACUCUAUGCUCCCGUCGGAUAAGAGAGAAGCGGAGGGCGGAAGGCUCAGAUCUCUUCUCACUCCAAUAACAGAAAAUGCUGCUGAUGAGGAUGACGAUCGAACCCUCCACGGCCGUCCGAUUCGCCGCCGGCAGCUUCCGGCCCGCCAUCACCACCAGCCGACGACUUCGGCACACCUGCGGCUUCUCCUUGCCGCGGAAGAAAUUUCAGAGAUCAGUGGAUGAUUCUUCUUUGGCGAGGAAGAAGAGCAGUGUGAAGCAGAGAGUUAGAGCAUCUGUGGAAGAGGAGUCGCGUGCGAAGCCGUCGCGGUACCAUCCGUCGGAGGACAUUGCAGUGUUGGAUUCGGUGGAGGAUGGAGAAGCCAGACUUUCACCAGCAGAAACUGCUAGGACCAUUAUCGAGGUUAACAGCAAAGGAACACUCAUGUUUUCAGGUCUUCUUAGUGAUGAAGUUCAUGAAAACAUUUUUUGCCCAGAUUUGCCUUAUGUGACGGAUGAACAUGGAAAUAUUUACUUUCAGGUCAAGAAUCAGGAAGACAUUUUGCAGACUCUAACUGCCGAGGAUAACUAUGUGCAAGUCAUUAUAGGCCUGGAUACUGCAGAAUUGCUUAGUGAAAUGGAAUCAGAAAUUGACUUUGGUAUUGAUGAAAUGGAUGAUGAAGAUAGUGAUGAUGAAGAUGAUGAUGAUAGCGAGGACGAUGCUGAAGAUGGUGAUUACAAUGAGGACUGGGUUACCAUUCUGGAAGAUGAGGAAGAUGAAGAGGAUUCUUUUGAGUCAUUAGGGGACUGGGCAAAGUUGGAGACCAUGAGAACUGCUCAUCCAAUGUAUUUUGCCGAAAAACUGGCAGAGGUUGUGUCUGAUGAUCCUAUGGACUUCAUGGAUCAGCCUCCAGCUGGCCUAGCCAUCCAAGGUCUUCUAAGACCAGCCUUUGUGGAAGAACACACUAUCAUUCAGAAGCAUUUAUCUGUACAUGAACCUGGUACAUCUGACUUAAAUCAGGUUGGGGAAAAUAAAGAGGACAAUAUAGAAGGGCUUGGAAUGAUUAAUGGUCACAGGCUUCCUUCUUCAGAUGGCUUGAUGCAGGAAUUGGAGAAUGGUGGAAGCCAUGGAAAUGGGACAUCAUUCUACAAGCUAGAGAUGAUUAAUGUUCAGUUGCUCGCACCUCAUGGUCAGCAGACUGUUGUUGAAGUGGAUGAUUUAAUAAAAGCGCAACCUGAUUCUAUUGCACAUUCAGCUGCCAAGAUUAUCUCUCGACUUAAAGCUGGUGGUGAAAAGACCACGCAAGCCCUUAAAUUACUCUGUUGGAGAUGCAAGGGUAUUCAAGUAGAGGAGGCAUCAAUCAUUGGCAUAGACUCCCUUGGUUUUGACUUGAGAGUUUGCUCAGGAACACAAUUACUAACACUUCGAUUUACAUUUAAUACACGGGGAUCUUCCGAAUAUAGCGCUGAAAGACAACUGAAUGAUAUGUUGUUCCCAAGGGCCGCCCACAACCUGCAAAAGAAGAGACAAGCUCGCCAAGCAGAAUCAUGAAGUGUUUAAUUAAUCUGUUUGAUGCAGGUGACAAUUCUGAAAAAUCUUCUACUUUACCAAUUUUUAUUUUUAUUUUUUUUUGUCAAUCUUUUUAUUUUUUGUAUAGCUUCUUUCUUUCUUCUUCUUCUUCUUCAUACUUGUUCGAGAGAACUUUAAAGUGAGCAUGCAAUGCCAGCCCCUCUCAUCCAAAUUGGUAGCGAC